AUGGUAGUGUGGAUACAAUUCCCAGCCUUCCCAGUGCAUUUUUACCAUAAGGAGAUCCUUUUCACGCUUGGGAACAUGGUUGGCAGGGCAAUCAAGUUAGACUUCCACACGCAACAUCAACAAAGAGCGAAAUUUGCCCUGAUGGCCGUGGAACUUGACCUCUCUAAGCCGCUAGUUACGAGAAUCCGGCUGGACGGAAAGUGGCAGUAUAUUGAGUAUGAGAAUCUUCCAACCUGCUGCUUCGAGUGUGGCAGAAUUGGACACACCUCGCUGUCCUGCCCCUCUCUAACGGCGAAGAUACAAUCGCCGGUCGCUGAAAGGAUGGUCAGUUCACCGGAAAGCUCGCCGGAGAUGCUGUCGGAGGAACGUCCUGGUUUCGGGCCAUGGAUGCAGGUCACGCGGCGAUCUCGGAAAGGAUCCCGGACAUUAGAAAAAGGAAAUGUUAUUGAGAGCCCCGGAGAAUCAGGGGGGAAUGGUAAGGCCGGCAAAGGAAAGUUUAUACAAAGGGAUAUGGAAAGCAUCAGUGAGAAAAAAAAGGCACAAAUCAGAGACUAG